AUGAGCAGUAAGGAGAUAACCGGAGGCCAGUCCGUCCAGUAUGUGGGCCCGUACCGGCUGGAGAAGACCCUCGGGAAGGGGCAGACAGGACUGGUGAAAUUGGGGGUCCACUGUAUAACAGGGCAGAAGGUAGCCAUUAAGAUUGUCAACAGAGAAAAGCUUUCAGAAUCUGUCCUCAUGAAGGUGGAGAGAGAAAUAGCUAUUCUUAAACUAAUAGAGCACCCCCACGUUCUGAAGUUGCAUGAUGUCUAUGAGAAUAACAAAUACCUGUACCUGGUGUUGGAGCACGUGUCGGGCGGCGAGUUGUUCGACUACCUGGUGAAGAAAGGCAGGCUGACACCCAAAGAGGCCAGGAAGUUCUUCCGACAGAUCAUCUCUGCCCUUGACUUCUGCCACAGCCACUCCAUAUGCCACAGAGACCUGAAGCCAGAGAACCUGCUCCUGGAUGAGAAAAACAACAUCAGGAUAGCGGACUUCGGCAUGGCCUCUCUCCAGGUGGGGGACAGCCUGCUGGAGACCAGCUGCGGAUCCCCACACUAUGCAUGUCCAGAAGUCAUUAGGGGGGAGAAAUAUGACGGUCGCAGGGCAGAUGUUUGGAGCUGCGGCGUCAUCCUCUUCGCUCUCCUGGUGGGAGCGUUGCCUUUUGACCACGACAACCUGCGUCAGCUGCUAGAGAAGGUGAAGAGCGGCAUUUUCCACAUGCCUCACUUCAUCCCGCCGGACUGCCAGGCGCUGCUCAAAGGAAUGAUCGAGGUCAACCCCGACAAGAGACUCACGCUAGAAGCAAUACAGAAACAUCCCUGGUACCAGGGUGGUCGUAACGAGCCAUGUCCGGAGCAGCCUCCUCCUCGGCGGGUGUGUGUGAGGAGGAUCUUGUCGCUGACGGAGCUGGACCCGGACGUCCUGGAGAGCAUGCACUCCCUGGGCUGCUUCAGAGACCGGGUCAAACUGACACGGGACCUGCAGUGUGAUGAGGACAACCAGGAGAAGAUGAUUUACUACUUGCUGUUGGACAGAAAGGAGCGGUACCCCAGCUGUGAGGAUGAGGAUUUACCGCCUAGAAAUGAUAUAGACCCCCCCAGGAAGCGGGUGGACUCCCCAAUGUUGACACGUCAUGGCCGCUGUCGACCGGAGAGGAAGAGCCUCGAGGUUCUCAGUGUCACAGAACAGGGGUCUCCCACUCCACCUCGCAGGGCUCUGGACACCUCUGCACACAGCCAGAGGUCUCGCUCGGUGAGUGGAGCGUCCACGGGCCUGUCCUCCAGCCCUCUCAGCAGUCCAAGGAGCCCGGUCUUCACUUUCAACCAAUCAGAGGUCACCCCUGUUACCAUCCCCUCCACCAAAGACCCCAAACCAGGAAGUGCCGCCACCACCCCUCGGCCAACACGCCCGGUGCCCGACCCCAAAACCCAGACCCUGCCAUCCAAGGGCCCCGCCGAGCGGCCCCAGCUCCAGUCCAUGAAAUCCCUCCCCCUCCCUCCUCCUCCCUCCCCCUCCCCUUCCCCUAUCCUCUCUCCCAUCCCGCGCUUCUUCUUUUUCCCUGCUACCUCCGUCUUCAAGUCGGUCACCAAAAACAUCCAGUCAUCCUCUAACUCUUCUGCCACCCCUCACCCCACUGUGUCACAGGUCACCCCGCAGGGCUCGCCGCUGCCCACCCCCCUGGGCACACCCGUGCACCAAAUCCAACACCCCUCCUCCACCACCCCUACCUCUUCCUCCUCCUCCCCCUCCAGAGCGGAUGGAGGAGGCGGGGCCUCUCUGUCUCUGACCCCACCCACCAGCCCGGGUGGCAGCGGGGGAUUGGCCAGCUCGAGCUCUGCCCACUGGCGGACGAGACUGAAUUCGUUCAAGAACAAUCUGCUGGGCUCACCACGCUUCCACCGACGCAAGCUGCAAGUCCCUACAUCAGAGGACAUGUCCAGUUUGACACCAGAGUCCAGUCCAGAACUGGCCAAGAGGUCCUGGUUUGGUAACUUCAUCAGCCCGGAGAAAGAGGAGCAGAUUUUUGUCAUCAUCAGAGACAAACCUCUCAGCUCCAUCAAGGCUGACAUCGUCCACGCCUUCCUGUCCAUCCCGUCCCUCAGCCACAGCGUGGUGUCCCAGACCAGUUUUCGAGCAGAGUACAAAUCCUCUGGGGGCCCCUCCGUCUUCCAGAAGCCCGUCAAGUUCCAGGUGGACAUUGCUUUCUCUGAGGGGGAGAGGGAGCGAGAGAGGGCGCGAGCGGAGAGGGAAGGGAGGAGAGAGACGGGGAUCUACAGCGUCACCUUCACGUUGAUAUCAGGUCCCAGUCGCAGGUUCAAGAGGGUGGUGGAGUCCAUACAGGCUCAGCUACUAAGUACUCAUGAUCAGCCUUCUGUGCAGGCACUGGCUGAUGAGAAGAACGGUCAGCUGUCCCGCCAGCCGAGCACUCCCACCCGGCAGAACUCCCGGCGCUCCGAGGGCGGCAUUUCCGACCGGGAGCACGAGCGGGGGGAGCGGGAGAGAGCGGACAGAGACCGGGUGGUCGACGGGGGGAGCGCGAGCAUCGGAGGCAGCGGGAGCGUCCUGCAGCGGAAGGGCUCGGCGAAAGACAAGACCAGACUCCUCUCGUCAUCCAACGGGACGCAGUCUCACCCCUGA